AACUUAUAGUUGCUGUCAAAUGUGUGAAAAGUUGUCUGCAGUUGUCAAAAGCGAAGCCACACGUGUUUUUAUUAUUGUUAGAAGAAUAGCUAAAAUUAAUUAAAAUGAAGGUAUUAUCAGAAGAAAGGACGCGAAUUUUAUUCGAAAAGCUAACUAAAUACAUUGGAGUGAACGUGAAGCUCCUUAUUGACAGACCAGAUGGUACCUACUGCUUCAGAGAAAAGAAAGACCGCGUAUACUACAUAUCAGAGCGCCUCCUACAUUUAGCACAAACGGUUAAGCCAGACAAUUUAAUAGCUGCCGGAACUUGUUUUGGAAAGUUUACUAAGACUAACAAAUUUAGGCUGCAUAUAACUGCGUUGACGUAUAUUGCACCGUAUGCCCCUUACAAGAUAUGGGUGAAGCCGUCUGCGGAACAACAGUUUUUAUAUGGCCAUCAUAUUAUUAAGAGUGGUCUAGGCCGCAUAACAGAAAACACACCAAAACACCACGGCGUAGUAGUGUACACAAUGUCAGACAUCCCCAUAGGGUUUGGUGUAGCAUCACGGACAACAGCCGAGUGCAGACACGCAGACCCACUAGCCACCAUUGUGUUCCACCAGGCGGACGUCGGAGAGUACAUCCGCUCUGAGGAUACUCUUACAUAGUGAUUAAUAAAUAGGUUUUACUUUA